UGCCGGGUUGACUUUAUUUCCGUGUUCUUGUAGUGUGAAGUUAGCGUAGAACCUGAUGGUUAAGUACACUACUAGCUUGUUAGGAUUAUUUAUAACCUGCAACGAAGGUAGCCUAACCCGUGUAAACGGUAAAUGAUUUGAUUGAAUUUCCUAUCUCACACACCUUCACUGGGACCUUGAUCUCACUAAAUUCGCACUAAUUAUGAGAAUAACGCGGAACUGUGUAAAGAGUCUUAAAUUUAAUUUAUUAAAAUUUCAAUUUGCAUAAUACAUGAUGAUUUUCAUGUUUGAUAUUAUGCUAAUUUGGAAUAUGACGCCCAUUGUGCCUACUUAUUUGCGUUAAUUCAAAUCAGGUACUAAGAGAAGCUUGUGAAAUAGCGGAGAUGAUCUUCAAAAUUCUGCUGAUAGUGGCUUGCAGCUUGUCAACGAUACUCGCCUUUAACUCCAAGAAAAGCACCGAGGAUAUAUUUUCUGAAUGGAGGACGCGUGUCAAAGAGCACCAGGUGUGUUUUCAAUCGUCGGGUGUGCUCCAAGAGGAAGUCGAAAACUACUUCGUACACUAUGAGAUGAGUUCUAGGCGAAACUUCAAAUGCUAUCUCGAGUGCAUCUUCAAAGAUUUAGAAUUUAUAAAUAAGGACGGCACAAUUAAUCAAGUUAACUUUGUUGAAGGUGCCGAAAAGGUAUCGAACGAGAUGUUCGAAACGUGUAAUGCGAAAGUCGCUAAAGAAACCGACGGGUGCGAGAUGAUAUAUCAGUUCGUGUAUUGCAUUGUGCAUUAUGCCCACAUAUAUCUUCAGUAAGGGAGUUGAACUGAUAGUAGUAACCUCUUGUAAUUUAGUUGGUUUUGGCCCGAGGCAAGAAAAUGUGGAAAAUUCGACAGAUCUCCGAUUUUGCAGAUUUCUACAUUCUUGUACUGACGAUCGAGGCCGAGCUCACGUGUUUGUAAUUUGUUAUCACAUAAAAUGAAUAAACAAUUUUCUAAUAAAGGCGUUUGUGUUGCUUUCAGAUGUGAAAUUAUUGAGUGGCUCCUAAAAAACACGAG